AUGUCUUUGGCUAGUAACUAUUCUGCUGCGAUCAGCGCAGCAUGCUAUGCGCCACCGGUAGACGUGGACGCUAGUCUCCUGCCUAUGCAACAGGGCGCUGUUACACAUGGUAAAGUGGAUGGCAACGGAGAGGAACAGAUCGGAAAUUGUUGCUUCUCAAACGUUCCAGUUGAGACGCCUAUCUCGGGGCGGCUGUAUGCCUAG